UCCCCCUGCGCCCUCCUCCGCUCCGGGCCAGCGCGGCGGCGGCGGCAGCAGCAGGAGCAGCCCCGGCUGCGGGUCGCGACGGCGGCGGGGCGCCCCCUCCCCCGUGCCGGGGCGCGGCGGAGGGAUGUGGGGCUUCGCGGGGAGAAGGCUCCUCGGCUUCUUCUCGGCCCCGGUGCUGGUGGCGGUGGUGUGCUGCGCGCAGAGCGUGAACGACCCCGGGAACAUGUCCUUCGUGAAGGAGACGGUGGACAAGCUGCUGAAAGGCUACGACAUCCGCCUGAGACCCGACUUCGGGGGGCCGCCGGUCUGCGUGGGGAUGAACAUCGACAUCGCCAGCAUCGACAUGGUGUCCGAAGUCAACAUGGAUUACACGCUGACCAUGUACUUCCAGCAGUACUGGAGGGACAAGAGGCUCGCCUACUCCGGCAUCCCGCUCAACCUCACGCUGGACAACCGGGUGGCCGACCAGCUGUGGGUGCCGGACACCUACUUCCUCAACGACAAGAAGUCCUUCGUGCACGGGGUGACGGUGAAGAACCGCAUGAUCCGCCUGCACCCUGACGGGACGGUGCUGUACGGGCUCAGAAUCACCACGACGGCGGCCUGCAUGAUGGACCUGAGGCGGUACCCCCUGGACGAGCAGAACUGCACCCUGGAGAUCGAAAGCUACGGCUACACCACGGACGAUAUCGAGUUCUACUGGCGCGGAGGCGACAACGCCGUGACCGGCGUGGAGAGGAUCGAGCUGCCGCAGUUCUCCAUCGUGGAGCACCGGCUGGUCUCCAGGAACGUGGUCUUCGCCACAGGCGCCUACCCGCGGCUCUCCCUGAGCUUCCGGCUGAAGAGGAACAUUGGGUACUUCAUCCUGCAGACCUACAUGCCCUCCAUCCUCAUCACCAUCCUCUCCUGGGUGUCCUUCUGGAUCAAUUACGACGCCUCCGCCGCCAGGGUGGCCCUGGGGAUCACGACCGUCCUGACCAUGACCACCAUCAACACGCACCUGCGGGAGACGCUGCCCAAGAUCCCCUACGUCAAAGCCAUCGACAUGUACCUCAUGGGCUGCUUCGUGUUCGUGUUCCUGGCCCUCCUGGAGUACGCCUUCGUCAACUACAUCUUCUUCGGGCGCGGCCCCCAGCGGCAGAAGAAGCUGGCGGAGAGGACGGCCAAGGCCAAGCACGACCGGGCCAAGAGCGAGAGCAACCGGGUGGACGCCCACGGGAACAUCCUGCUGACCUCCCUGGAGGUGCACAACGAGAUGAACGAGGUGGCGGGCGGCCUCGGGGACACCCGGAACUCCGCCAUCUCCUUCGACCACUCAGGGAUCCAGUACCGGAAGCAGAGCGCGCCCCGGGAGGGGCCCGGGCGGCACCUGGGGGACCGGGGCCUGCCGCACAAGAAGACGCACCUGCGCCGGCGGUCCUCGCAGCUCAAGAUCAAGAUCCCCGACCUGACCGACGUGAACGCCAUCGACCGGUGGUCCCGCAUUGUGUUCCCCUUCACCUUCUCGCUCUUCAACCUGGUCUACUGGCUCUACUACGUCAACUGAGCGGCCGGCGGCACCCGCGCUUCGCUUUUCUGUUCCUCAAAGACGUCACCCAACAACACUGAGUGGAAUAUUACUCUGCCUGUCGAGUUUUUCUACCUGCUCACACGCACACACGCACACACGCAGACACACACACGCAGACACACACACACAGAUAACAUACGCAGUUGUAUAUAUAUGUGACCUUUCUCAGCAUAUAUAUAAGACACACGUGUCUAUGAGGAUGUAUGUGUCUAUGUUUCUACACGCGGGCGUACGCGCCCCCGUGGGUUGCCAAACACACACACGUACAUGUGACCUACCUGUUUGCAGCUCUGGACAAACUCCACACGGGAUGCACACGCGAGAAGGUCACGGUGCGUGUUUUUUAAAUGAAAGGGACGAGGGUUGUCUAACGAUCAUGCCUUGAGGAUGAGGGCGGGACCCCUACUGUCACCCCAAACUGUGUCUCUUGUUCCCCUAAGUGACAGCUGUUUUGGUUUAAAAAAACAAAACAAAACGAAAGACAAACUCUCGGUCGUCAGAAACCCGGACAGCAGUGUUGCUGGUGUCAGAGGACUCCCCCCGCCCCCCCCACUCCCCCCACCCCCUGCUCCGGCCACUCUGCCCAUGGACUGGCGAUGGGGUGCCCAUGGCUGGACAGUGUCCCGGACGAGGUGGGCUCGCUCCCCGCCGUCCGACACGCAGGCGGACCCCACGCUGGCACCGGGACCUCCCCCUGCGGGGAACCCGUCGGACCGGAAGGCCUCUCCUCUCCUCGGACUCUGGUGUUGGCUCGGAGGGGACCGGCUCGCCCGUCCUUGUGGGAGCUCCGUGGCGACCGACAGUCGGCCGACGCGUCCCGUGGCUGACAGUGUCACCCUCGCCCCCCGCGUCCCAUCUCCGGAUCUCCAGGCUGGGAUUUCCCGGAAGCGUAGCCGUCUCAGGACCUUUGUUCCGCUAAAGGUAAAGCCACCGGGCGACCUCCCGCUCGUCUGCGUGGCCGCCGGCGCCCUCCCGGACGCGGCGUGUGGACAGCGGGGGCGUCCGCGUCAUGUGCAUCCUGUCGAGCUCCCGGCCGUGUCUGUGCUUGCUCCAUGGCAGCAUGCCUGUCGUGCUCUCUCCGCGACGCACCGCUCUCUGUCCCCCCCCGAGAACGUCAGAGGGAAGCGCACACGUCCCGCCGUUAGGUGUCGGAAACCGAGACACAUUCCUCACGCCUGCAUUUCUGCCUCUGACAUCCGUCACUAAGCACAUCCGACCCCGGCUGGCCCGGCUGGGGCGCGGCGGGAGCCCGCCCCGUCCUCACACGCGUGCCCCACCGAGCCCAGCAUCCUCCGGAGGCAAAGGAGAGCCCCCUGGUCACACACACACACACACACACACACACACACACACACACACACACCUCUCUCCAUCCGAUCCACAGCCUCAUGCGUAUCUGGGACUUUUUAAAAGCGCGUAGACACGUGACCAGGUGCACCGGUUUCAUAGACGCGACCUUAACUUCCUACUUAGACGAGAUCUUUCUAAAGAAAAAAGAGAUGAUAUAUUUUUUGUAAACAAUCUUUCUAUCACAGGCAUCCGUAGACUGGAAGGAGAGGGCCGUUAUGCAAACAGAUGUCACAGUGCAGUGAGCGCAUUCGGAGAAGAAAGAAAGAGGGGGAAAAUAGGCAAACCAGUCAGGACAGAGCCGCCAAAUUCAGACUUUUCUCCCCAAACGCCACUCAUGCCUCGCCCUCUCUGUUCUGCCCCGGGACCAGGGUCAGCCAGCCCCCCAUCGUAACCAGCCUUUAUCUGUGGGCGUCUCUAGCAGCUCAGAGCCCCCCGUGGGUAAA